GUAAGGAAAGAAAGAAAUAGUAUAAUAGAUAUAGCUAAGAAGCUGUGUCCGAGUGAACGAGAAAAAGACCCUUCUUCUCCACUCCACCUUCUCUCUCGCUCGCACCAAUUCCUCAACCCUAACGUUACUCCUCUCCUCAAGCAACCGCCAUGGCCGUCGUUUCGCGCUGUGCCACGUGCUCGCGCCACACCUUCAUACCACACGAGUUCGAUAGAAGAACCACCGUUGCCGCCGCCAGCAGCUUCUGCUACUCUCCCAAGAAAGCUCCGCAGAGGAUUGUGGCCGGGAGUACACGUGGCAGUAGAGUGAUUGUUGCUGCGAGUCCUCCCACCGAAGACGCACUAGUUGCUACUGAACCACUCACCAAGCAGGAUCUCGUCGAUUAUCUCGCCUCCGGUUGUAAGCCCAGGGACAAAUGGAGAAUAGGUACUGAACAUGAGAAGUUUGGUUUUGAGUUUGGAAGCUUGCGUCCUAUGAAGUAUGAGCAAAUAGCAGAAUUGCUGAAUAGUAUUUCUGAGAGAUUUGACUGGGAUAAAAUAAUGGAAGGUGAUAAAAUUAUUGGACUUAAACAAGGGAAGCAGAGCAUAUCAUUGGAGCCUGGUGGUCAGUUUGAACUUAGUGGAGCCCCUCUUGAAACCUUGCAUCAGACUUGUGCUGAAGUUAAUUCGCACCUUUAUCAGGUUAAAGCUGUUGCCGAGGAAAUGGGAAUUGGAUUUUUGGGGAUUGGUUUCCAGCCAAAGUGGGGAAUCAAAGACAUACCUAUAAUGCCAAAGGGAAGAUAUGAAAUUAUGAGGAAUUACAUGCCCAAAGUUGGCUCUCUUGGGCUUGACAUGAUGUUUAGGACAUGCACUGUACAGGUCAAUCUAGACUUUAGUUCUGAAGUUGACAUGAUCAGGAAAUUUCGUGCUGGUCUUGCUUUGCAACCUAUAGCAACUGCUCUUUUUGCUAAUUCACCCUUUAAAGAGGGGAAGCCAAAUGGUUUUGUCAGUAUGAGAAGCCAUAUUUGGACUGAUACUGAUAAGGACCGCACAGGCAUGCUGCCUUUUGUUUUUGAUGACUCUUUUGGGUUUGAGCAGUAUGUUGACUAUGCUCUAGAUGUUCCUAUGUAUUUUGUCUAUCGGAAACACAGAUAUAUUGACUGUACUGGAAAGACCUUCAGGGAUUUCUUGGCUGGAAGACUUCCUUGUAUUCCUGGUGAAUUUCCAACUCUCAAUGAUUGGGAAAAUCACUUGACAACUAUAUUUCCUGAGGUCAGGCUGAAAAGGUAUUUGGAGAUGAGAGGUGCUGAUGGAGGGCCAUGGAGAAGGUUAUGUGCUUUACCAGCACUUUGGGUAGGGUUAUUGUAUGAUGAUGUUUCUCUACAAAGUAUUUUGGAUUUGACAGCUGAUUGGACAACCGAAGAAAGACAAAUGUUAAGGAAUAAGGUUCCUAUAACUGGUCUUAAGACACCAUUUCGAGAUGGUUUGCUGAAGCAUGUUGCUGAAGAUGUUCUAAAGUUGGCAAAGGAUGGCUUGGAGAGAAGAGGCUUCAAGGAAUCAGGAUUUUUGAAUGAGGUUGCCGAGGUGGUUAGAACAGGUGUUACUCCAGCUGAGAGGCUUUUGGAAUUGUAUCAUGGAAAGUGGGAGCAAUCCGUAGAUCAUGUGUUUGAAGAAUUGCUUUAUUAAGGUUGUAUUAUCUCAACAUGUCAGUGGAUGAUUAAUUGUGUAAUCCUUUGGUUAUAGUUCUGGUUGUCUCUCUCAUGAGCUUCAUUUAGAUUUAGGAAAUAAUUUACAUGUAAUUUUUGCCUUGAGGCUUCUCAUAUACCUUUUUUGGAAACAUGAUCUGAUCAAGCUGACAUAAUUUAAGUUACAAGUUUCAAAAUCCAUCAGCAUUAACAUUUUUUUCUUA